CGAUUUGACGAAACGAAACAGAUAAUUAAAACAAUCGAUUUAUCCGCAUAUGUGGAAGGAAUGCAUUAUUUGCUUUAGCAACAUAGAAAUUGAAAGAUUGCAGAGUAAAUGAAUGUAAGGAGUCAGGUGUUGUGGGACGUAAUCAAAGGGGAGACAAUCAUUUUUGCUUUCAGAGAAUGUCACUAGGAGUGCGCGAAGCUAGAUGAUUGCACAGAAGCAUUAACACCGCCAUGAUUGCUGUGUUUGAAGUGGGUGUGUAAAGAUUGCAGUUUUGAGAGACAUUGAAAAUUAAUCAUGGGACUGCGACCGCUGGAAUUCGCGGAAUGUUUAACAGAUAGUCCGUAUUUUCGAGAGAAUUUACACGAGCAUGAAAAAGAAUUGGAAAGAACAAGCAAAUCUAUCAAAAGCUUGAUAGCUUGCGGAAAAGAACUCAUUAACGCUGCGAGAAAUCUGUCGAAAGCCCAGAAAGCUUUUUCACAAAAUCUACAGGAAUUUCGAUUUGAAACAAUAGGAAAUCAACAAACUGAUGAUGAAGUAGUAAUUGCAGCUUCUCUCAAGGAGUUUGGAGAUUGCUUCUUAGCAAUUGAGGAAGUAUUUGAAAGAAUGCUAGAUAAAGCAAAAGAUAUGUUUUUGGCCCCUUUGGAAAGGUUCCGUAAAGAAAACAUUGGAAAAGCUAAAGAAGAAAAGAAACAGUUUGAAAAACAAACAUCUAAAUUUUGUGCUUCACAAGAGCGCUAUCUCAACUUGAAACCGAAAACUAACGACACUACAUUCCAAGAGGCUGAUGCAGCUCUUGUUUUGGAAGGUAAGCAUUUUUACCAAGCAUCCAUGAAAUAUGUUCUUUUAUUACAAGAAGUGCAAGAGAAAAAAAAAUUUGAUUUUGUCGAAAUUAUUCUUACAUUUAUAUCUAAUUGGUUAACUGUUUACCAUCAGGGCCAUGAAGUGGCUAAAGAAUUUAAAACUAACAUGAGUGACCUGCAGCUACGAUUGCAGAACACGCGAGAGAACUUUAAUAGUACUAGGGAUGAAGCGGAACUUUUGAUGAAUAAAAUGUUGGAGACCAGAGGUUCUCGUGGUGAGUUUACUCUGGCCCCUAAGGACUGUACUCGACAGGGUUACCUCUUUCUCAUGGAGAAAAAAGCUCUUGGUACUAACUGGACGAAAUGCUACUGUCGCUAUUUCAAGGAACAUAAAACUUUCUCUAUGAUUCCCUAUAAUCAAAUGGUUGGCAAACUCAGUCAACCAGAAACAGGGAUUCUUAUGUCUUGUAUAAGGAGAGCAUCUGAUUCCAUUGAUAAACGAUUUUGUUUUGAUAUAACUAUUUCUGACAAGCCAACUGUAAUCUUUACAUUCCAAGCAUUGUCCGAAGAUGAUCGACACUUAUGGCUCGAUGCUAUGGAUGGAAAAGAACCUACCUAUCAAACUCCCAGCAAAACGUCUGAAGAGACCUAUAUUUUGGAUAGCAUUGGGUUUCAGUUUAUCAAUAAAUGUAUCGGUUCUAUAGAGAGAAGAGGCCUGACAGACCAGGGUCUCUAUAGAUUGGUUGGUGUCAACUCGAAAGUAAACCGACUCGUUAACAUGGGACUUGAUCGUCGAAAAGCUGAUAAGCUUUGCUUAGAUGACACUGGAACCUGGGAAGUGAAAACAAUCACCAGCUCCAUUAAACAUUAUCUUAGAUCUUUACCAGAACCUUUGAUGACCUUCCGUUUGCACGAGAAUUUUAUCACUGCUGCCAAACGUGAGUCUAAACUUUUGCGAUUUCAUGAUAUACAUAGUCUUGUACAUAAGCUGCCUCAAAAGAACUUCAAAAUGUUAGAUUUGCUAUGUAGUCACCUAAAAAGAGUUUCAGACAAGAGUGAUAUCAACCUUAUGACUGUUGCCAACCUCGGCGUGUGUUUCGGACCAACUCUAAUGCGGCCCGAAGAAGAGACUGUGGCCGCUAUAAUGGAUAUUAAAUUUUGCAAUAUCGUCAUUGAAAUUUUAAUAGGAAACUAUGAAGAGAUUUUCAAACAGACACCUGUAGAUAUUGGACUUUUAGAUGAUCUGGAGGAUUGUAAAUUGUCACCUGCUGAGAGUACAACUACCACAAAGACAAGCUUGGAAAAUCAAGCUUUGCCUUCAGGUACCUCUAGUCAUGGAAUACCUCCAUCUCCUGUUUCUGCGACACACUAUAGCAAUGUAUCAUCAACUGUUAAUUCAAGUCCUGGUUUGCCUAAAAGUGGACCCUUCGCUGAUCAUGGCUCUCCAAAAUGUGCAGCUCCUGUUGUGAUGCGAUCGCAUAAUUUACCAAAAACUAGAUACCAGGGUAUUGGACACGGUCAUCUGAGUCAAGUUGGUGCUGCUAUUGGUGGAGUUCAUAUGACGGGUCACGAUCCCAGUCGUGGUAGCAGUACCAGCGGGAGUUCAGAAUCCUUGAAUUCUUACAAAUCCCCUUCGACAAACCCUUCGCCUCAAUUGGAUUCUAAUCGUAGAGGCCCUAUUAUGCCUGCAAUGUUUACAAGUGCCCCAGCAUCUGCUUUCUCUGGAUCCAAGAUUCAGACUCUUGGCGAUAUUGGGACGUUUGGCAGUAUUAAAAGGCGUAACGCCACUGAGUCGUAUGCUGGUGGUGGAGGAGGAGGCAGCGGCGGCUUGAGUGUUGGGGGAGGUGCUUUACGUUCGUCGAUGCACAGUGGCACGACUAGCAGCAACGUUGGGCUCCUUCCAGAUUCAUCUUCUGCCAUGUCUAAGUCUAUGACUGAACAGCGCUUACGUACUGUUCGAACUCUUUACAACUGCCAGGCAGAAAAUGAUUCUGAGUUGUCUUUUCAUGCCAACCAAUUCAUCUAUCAGGUGAAACCAUCGCAGGAAGCUUGUUGGUUAGAAGGGACACUGGAUGGUGUGACAGGGCUUAUACCUGAGAAUUAUGUGGAGUAUGUUGAUUAGUUCUGUUUGGCUUAUCCUUGACGGGCUGACUGGCAUUCUCUCUCAUUUUUUAAAAUCUUGUUCAUAUAAAAUGUUCUCAGUUUCAGAUUUUUAUGAAAGGUAGAAGGAAUGUUAACACCGUUCACUUUUUUUUAUAUCUAUUAUCGUCAGCAAUGUUUUAAAAAUAGCCUUAAAACAAAAUUCAGACAAUCUUAAUGCAAAGUGAUAUUUUGCUUAGU